AUGAGUGAUAUUGAAUCAGACCGUGAAGCGGAAAGGGAAGAACCUAAGCCGUACUAUCAAUUUGGAAAACCCGAGAUGGAACGACGGGAACCAGUAAGAAAAAUUGACUUGAUUGGACUCCGUUUACCAAAUAAGCGCAGCGGAGACACAAUGGACACAGAUGAGUCCGAGGUGACAGACGUAGUUUACGAGGUAAACAAGAAAUCGCAAUUCCAUACAACUAGAGCAUUAUUUAUUGGAAAUUUGCGUCGUCCAAUUAAUGCUGGGAAUUUUCAACAAUUUUUGAGAGACAUUGCCAGCUCUAAUAAGGAAGUGAGAAUCAAUAUUGAUAGAGCUUGGUUGAACAGACUUAGAACACAUGCUAUUGUAUUGGUAAACCAUGAAGAAGGUGCCGAGUACAUGAGAUCAAAACUAUUAGGAUCAAUAUACCCUGGCGAAGAAGAAGAUUUGAGGUUGAAAGAAGAAUUUGAAAAUCAUGAAGUAGAAAGAUUUGAGAAUGAGAAGCGAAAUUGUGAAGAUUCGGAAGAGGCGAAAAAGAACCUUGUCGAGCCAAGAGAAUUCUUUACAGAGAGAUUACCCUUGUAUGUUGAGUAUAUCCCCGUGAAAGCAAUUAGUCAAUGGACUUUUGAGGAAGAUAAGGGUCCAAAAGAUGGUAUAUGGAAAUUGGAGUUUGAAAAUAGGGGAGAGGAUACGGUUGUUUCGCACACCUUGUUGAACGGCGACUUUAUUCCACCUUAUCGCCCUCCUCCUCCUCCUAGAUAUGGAGGUAGAAGAGACUACGGAUUUCUGCGUUAUAGAGGAGGACACGAUAGAUAUAUUCCAGGUUCCCGUCCAAGCCACCACUCGAAUAGGGGCAAUAACUACAGAAGCAUGGGUGAGAGAGACUCUUAUGUACCAGGACAGGCACCACCACGGUUCCAGGAGCCAAGAACAACAGAUAGUUAUGUUCCCAGUAGACGCAGGGAUAGAUCUAGGUCUCGUUCAAGGUCUCCCAGUAGAUCAGAUAGGUAUUAA